GCGAGUCUGAGGUGGUUCGCGAAGGUCUCGCAAGACGCUUCCGUGAAGAAAGAUGGGCUUGGCGUAGGAACCUCCGUUUACGUCACGAACCCCUGAGAAGUGAACUUCGGUUUCUACGCCGCUUUGCCUAGACCCGAAGCAAGUGUCGGUUGACUUAAAAAUAGCAAAAAAAAAUAUUCGGAAGUUUCUCAAAUCUGUCCGAGGCCACUGAAGACACUCCGCGGUCAACUCCACUGAGCUCUCUGGCCAAAUGGGAAAGCCCAGAUCAACUUUAGCCGGAGCUGCCAUACAACGGUGGCGAUCUGAAGGAAGGGUAGCUGCAUGGCUGCACAUCCCCAUCCUGCAAAGCCACUUCAUCGCCCCUGCUGCUUCCCUGGGCUUUUGUUUCCACCAUGCAGAAUCCCAUUCCUCGACGCUGACUCUGUGGCUGGGAGAAGGACCUAGCAGACUUCCAGGAUAUGCUACACACCAAGUAGGGGUUGCAGGUGCUGUAUUUGAUGAUAGCACCAGAAAAGUGCUGGUCGUACAAGAUCGAAAUAAACUGAAAAAUAUGUGGAAGUUUCCAGGAGGCCUGUCAGAACCCGGAGAAGAUAUUGGUGACACAGCAGUCCGAGAGGUUUUCGAAGAGACUGGUGUGAAGUCAGAAUUCAGGUCCCUGCUGAGCAUCCGGCAGCAACACAGGAACCCUGAAGCCUUCGGGAAGUCGGAUAUGUACCUUAUCUGCCGCCUGCAGCCACGUUCCUUCACUAUCAACUUCUGCCAGCAGGAAUGCUUGAAGUGUGAAUGGAUGGAUCUAGAAAAACUUGCCAAGACUGAAAACACCACCCCUAUCACCAGCAGGGUGGCUAGGCUAUUGCUGUAUGGACAUAGGGAAGGGUUUGAUAAAAUUGACCUCAGUAUGGAGGAACUCCCAGCAGUGUACACAGGCCUGUUCUACAAACUCUAUCACAGGGGACUGCCAGAGAGUUACAGAACCACAAUGGGAGUAGAUUGAAUGCAGACACUGAAGUGAACCAAAGAUGGACAUAGUCCGUGGUUGAUACCUGGUACCAGCUUUCUCACUUGCAUGAUGGAAAUGUGUGAAUGUACAUGUUUUUAAAUCCUCUUUUCAAAUAAAGAAAAUGAAUGAAAAAGA